AUGGCCCAGAAAGCUUCUUUGCCAAAACUUCCAAAUGUUGCCUUAGAACAAAUAUUUCGAAAUCUGGAUUUUUUGGAAAUACAACCAGUUCGCAAGGUAUGCCAAAACCUACGUUCUUAUAUUGACAACCAUCACAGAUCGGAUUCAAAUUUGAAGUACGUUUCGAUAUCAGUGGAACGUGGAAAAUUCACUGUCAGUUACAACUUUUUCGAUGAACGGAACAAGUUAUCAGUUGUCUAUGAAAAUUUGCCUGGUGGAUGUUUUGUCCGAUCAGAAAUAAACGGGAUGCUGAGAGAAACAACGGCGUCCUGGGAUGAUGUUUCUUAUUUGAAAGAGAAGUUUCUUCUCGAUCCGAACAGAGAAUAUUUUGAAAUUAAAUUCAAUAUAUCUAACUGUGGAGAUCAGCUGAAUUUACUCUUCGGUCCUCCAUUCUUUCUAGUUGGCCGAUACAGAAGAUGUCGAAGAAUGUGGUUCUUCCGAACAGAGAAUCCGAGUCAAGUAUUGGCAAUUCGAUUAUAUUCUGGUAGUAUUGAUUUACAAAGAAUGGAUGUGACAACUAUUCCAGCAGAUGCCAGGAUUAACGAUUGA